AUGUGGCGGUUUCAAUUUUUGCUUUUUAUUGUGGUCAGUGCAAAUGCGAAGCCCGAGGCUGGUCUAUUUGAUCCUGCUUUACAGGCGGGAUAUGCGGACUAUUACAAUGACCGGCCUAGGUAUGCCUUCAAUUAUGGAGUCUCUGACCCUAACACGGGAGAUAUCAAAUCGCAGCACGAAACGAGAGACGGAGACGUUGUUAAGGGUCAAUACUCUCUCGUAGAGCCAGAUGGUUCAGUGCGUACAGUAGACUACACAGCUGAUCCGAUCCACGGAUUUAACGCUGUUGUGUCAAAGAGCGCGCCGAACAUUCACACGCCACCUUUGGGGCCGGCUGUAGCUCCAGCAGUGGCCCCAGUUCCAAUUCCUGUCCCAGUACAGGCCCCUGUGGUGCAACCAGUACUAAGACAACCAGUACCAACUGUUCAGUACUUGAGACCGAUUCCAGUUCCUGUUGAAGUACCUCCCCAAUACUUCACUGACAGUUAUGGGCCGCUAUAUCGACAGGGACCACUUGUGUACCCCAAGGUUGGCCCUUCGCAGUUCCCUGAAUACGACAAUGUCGAGUACGACGGUCCAUACGCUUCACCGACUUUCUACAAAAAAUAAGCAUGUACAAUAUUAACUUAAAGAUUAAUUUAUACGAUAAACUUUGUAAUUAUUAUUAUUUUUUAAUUAAAAUAUAUUUCCUAUAGGAGCUAGCCGGUAUUUUUCAUGAUUAACAAAAUCGUUGUACAUGUAAAUGUUUCAAGUGCCAAUAGAAGAUAUUAUAAUUCGAUACUAUAUGCGUUUGUUUGAAUUUUUUGGUUGAAAGGUGCACGCCUGACAUUGUACUUUUAGCAAAAUUUUUAUAUAGAAAGUUUGCCCCCAUUCGCACAACUUCAAAUUGAUGUUGAUGCUGCUACUGAAAACGUGUGAAGACUUACCUGUACAGGGCCAGAGUGGUGGGCUAUGGCCUUAAUCCUCUCCGUAGAGACACCCGUGCAGAACACUGGGAUCGAGUGCUUUAGAGUUUGCGGGCGUGAGCACAACAACACACGAAAGUUGUAUCGUAAUCCAAUGGAAUAGGUAAUAAAAUGUAUACGAGACAAACGUACAUUCAUUUUUAUGUAUAAAGUCAGAAUGACAAUAUGCGUACCUAUAUUGUAAUGUGCCAGUUUAAAAAAGAUAGCUUAAACAAAUGUUACCUACUCUUCAAACAAGGCUAGCAAUAAUUGCUAGAACAAUCUUAAUACAAGUGAACAAAACUCAUUUCCAUACUUAUAAAAACUUGCUAAAUAAAUAAAUAAAUAAAUAACGCACACACUCAACAUAGCCCCAAAACAUUAU